CAAUUUGCGCACUUUACCAUAUAUUACGGUACAACUACGCAAUGGACAUGCUGUUGAUAUGAAUGUGCAAGCUACUUGCUAAGAUAGUUAGUUACUUUCAAAAUCAUAAAGAUAUUAAUAGUUUAUCGAGCUAGCAAGUUAGUUAUAUCAUAACGUUUGUACGGAUCAUCUGGAGUUUGAUUAGACAGCUCGUAGAAGCUUCGCUAACAAGUCGAACAGCAACGACCGACUAGAUAGUGCUAGCCGGCUGUUGCUAACGCCUUAGCUACCAUCGGCUAGCUAAAAGUCAGAGCUUCACCAUGUUUCACAUUAGCUCACAGAAAAAGUACUGGACAUUCGACAAUGAAGAAAGUCUGGAACAACUGAGAUGUGAAGCCAACCAGAAAUAUCGCAACAAAAUGCUUGCCAGUGGGAAGCCUGGGGUUAGUGACGCCGUGUUCCUGGAGGCUCACGAGGAGAAUGUCCUUUUCAGACACUAUGAGAAGAGACUCCUUGACUUCUGUAAUGCUUUCAAGCCUGUGAUGCCCAAGUCUGUUGUGGGUACAGCUAUCAUGUAUUUCCGGAGAUUUUACCUGAACAACUCACUGAUGGAAUACCACCCCAGAACAAUCAUGCUGAUCUGUGCCUACCUGUCCUGUAAGGUGGAUGAGUUUAAUGUGUCCAGCACCCAGUUUGUGGGGAAUCUUGUGCAGGAGAGUGCGGCCGGGCAGGAGAGGGCUCUUGAACAGAUUUUGGAGUAUGAGCUCCUUCUCAUUCAGCAGCUCAACUUCCACCUGGUGGUGCACACCCCCUACAGACCUAUGGAGGGCCUGCUCAUAGACAUCAAGACAAGGUACCCUCUUCUGGAGAACCCAGAGUCUCUGAGGAAGAGUGUUGAUGACUUCCUGACGCGGGUCACCCUGACAGAUAGUGGGCUGCUGUUUCCCCCAUCUCAGAUAGCCAUGACAGCCAUCCUGAACAGUGCGUCGCGGGCCGGCCUCAGCAUGGAGAGCUAUCUGACUGAAUGUAUGGGACUGAAGGAGGACAAAGAAACACUCUUAAAGAUGUACGACGCGAUGAGACGGAUAAAAAGUCUCAUGAAAAAGUAUGAACUUCCAAAACCAGACGAGGUGAACGCUUACAAAGUGAAACUGGAGAGGGUCCAUGCUGACUUUGGCACAAACUCCAACAUGAAUGGCUGACUGGUAACGAGAGGAUAUUCCUGCUUCUGAGACUACUACAACAAUCAGGACUCAUCCAAACUCCCUUCAUAAUAAAUAGUCUAGCAGCGAUACCUUUCUCCAUACAUACUAAGUUUUUAUUUAGCCAGGUCGAUCAAGUGUAUAUAAGAUGCAAAAGAUUUACGAUUCUGUCUAUCAGAUAGAAAAAUAAACACAUCAGCUAUAUGAAAUAAAGAGGAAGCAGAACAGUUUCACGCUCCAUGAAGCACAGCUGACAUUUAUAUAUUUGAAGAGUGGGGUUUAAUCUCACCCAUAUCUCAAGUCUAUGAACACUUGGGUGAGGUUUGUAAAGUCCUGUAUACUCUUCAGUGCAUCUAAAUUGAGUCUGACUUUUAGAGGGGUUUGUAUGAGCAGUAUUAGGUCAGCCAGUUCUCAUCCAAACGACAGAGAGGUGAAUCUGUAUAUGGCCUGCACAAAAUUAUUCAAUUAUCUUGGUCAGUGUGGUGUUGGCUUGUUAUCACCAAGGGAAGUGGGUUAGUGAGGGUUACAUUUGAAGUUGCAAAUAUAUGAAAGCUUCAGUUGAUGUGCUCAGGCUUAAAGGGAGGAUUUCUCAGUUCCUUUAGUUUCUCAGAGCAGCACAUACUGUAUGUAGGCCCAGUCAUCGGCAGUUUCCAUAGGGUUAUACAUGCACAUGUUACAAAUAGUUCUUACAAACUGUUAGCUUAUCAUACAAAUGUUAACCUAUCAUACAUAAACACUGGUUUUGUCAUAUAACAGGCAAAGCAGCAUACAAAAGAUAUAGCUAGUAGCUUCAGUGCUAUAUACAGGUAACUGAAAAAAUAAAGAUAACCCCAAGUGUCUUAAUAGGACGUUGGGCCACCACAAGCCGCCAGCUUCAAUGCGACCUUGGCAUAGAUUCCACAAGUAUCUGGAACUCUAUUGGAGGGGGGCAACGCCAUUCUUCCAU